AUGGCCUCUCAUGGCAAGGUCCUCGACCUCUUCGAUGAUCGCUAUCUUAGGCUACAGGAUGUAGUUGGUAAUGUCGAACCACUUCCCAUGAUCAUACCAUAUGAAAGAUACACGCAAAACCCUGUCGUCUACAGUAUGGAUACAAACCAUGCCAUCUUCCUCGCACUUCUACAAGACUUUACAGAACGCAAGGCAAGGGAGACGGGCAAAGAACUAUGGACUUGGUACGUGCAGUGGAAUGUGAAUCAAACUGCAGCUCGUCAGCUUUCGGUCAACCCGCACUCCCGGAAGAAGCCUCGUUUCGAUCAAGAACAGCCAAACCUGCCCACUGCGCAGCGAUCGCGACACAGCGCACCCCCAAUCACAGUCCGGCCCCGCAUCCUAGACCCAGAACUGAUGCACGAGGAAGACAUGUUGAGAAUCCUAGUCGAUAUCAUACAGGUGAACAGCGCUGUGGUGCCUAACUUUAUCGAAUUCUUAUACCGGUGGAUCGAUUACUACGAGGGAGAUGGGAGGGCGCUGAAAGCGGCAUUGCAUGGAGAGAUUCCGAGUUUGUGGGAUUUUGAGCAUCACCCACUCAUGGUCCCAGAGGACAUCAAGAAGAAAAUGAAGCAAGCAAAUGAAGAGAGCAAAGAUGGAGAGAAUAAAGCAGGUGGUAAGACACCAACGCAUAAUAACACAGAAGAACUUACCCAAAACUCACCUACCAAGAAGAUGCGAAACAAACCAGAUCUAGCAACACUAGAGCGCAGGGCAGAAGAAAGUGAACGUCUACAAUACCGCGAAGUGCACUUUGGUAUCCAACCACCAAAGCUGGACGAACCUUUGCCGCCAUUGAUCAACAUUCCUCAAGAUUCGCAAAAACGUACAAAGUACUACGCUGCUUGCUUUAAGUCACGACAGCGCGCCUUUUACAUGCUCAUGGAAGCUGGAGUCACCCCGCAACAGAUAAGGGACUACAACCGAUGUCAGAAAGAGAAUGUUAAGGAUACUCCUUCAACUGGAGGAGAGGGUCUGAGGAACUACGAGAGAGAUGCACAAAUGGCGCAAAAAGUUUUUGAAGAGAAGGAACAGUACGCAAAGAAGCAGAGGGAAAUCGCUAUCAGUGACAGGCUGGCCGUUGAGGCUCGAGUUGCUGCAAAUAAUGCAACGUCUGAAGAAGCAUCGGGGGUUCCGCUGAUUCCUGCGACGCCGUCAUAUCCUCCUCGUCAGGAUAUGGCCGCACAGAUGUUGCGCAAGAUCCAGCAAGCCACAGACAAAACUGACCAAAAAAUCAACAUAGUCCCUGAGCCUUUGGUGGGCAUGAUGAAAAGUGAGCUCUUCGAACGAGCAAAGGAUAGAGAGACGGUAGCCAGGUACUUGGAGGAUGUUCUCUCGGGUCCAGCACAACGUCGUACCAUUGUCGGUGAAGAAGGAGGAUCUCAGACAAGUGCUUCGGAGGAUGAGAACAUCCACCCUGAUUUCCCACACCUAAUGUCCAUGCCUCAUACGACUCCUACGCCAUAUCAUGCAGACUCAAUGACUUUACCCACCGCAAAUUUCAUUCCGUACAUUGGUGUUCCCCCUUCACAAGCUUACAAUGCCAGACCUCAGCAUCAGUUGUCUGGGGGCUUUGCAGAAUACGAUCCUUUCAUAACGCAAUCAUCUGGCGAAGGCACUUAUCGUCAUGCUUUCUCAUCUUCCAUAUUUGAUGAGACAAUCCAGCCAGAUGGCUUCAAUGGUUCAAAUGCUCUGAAUAGUAAUCUCCCAUAUCUACCUACAUAUGAGCCCAGGCUACCUGCACCUCAUCAGCCCCAACGUCUCUCAUUACCAUAUCAGCCUCACGACCAGCAAUCAUAUGUACCUGCGCAGUAUCAUGCGCCUUCUUAUUCUGUUGAUCCGGCUUUACCAUUUCCAGUUCCACCACCCACAUUUGCACAGCAAUAUCACGACACAUACGCACCCGACCGUGGACAAUCAAAUGGAUCAUUUACACUCCCAAACCAACCCGUCUUCAAUGGUUCCAACAACGGCUUCAUGACAACUGGACAGCAACUACCCGCAAAUGUACACCCCUACCCUCCACCAACCUUUCUCCAACCCCUCCAACCAAGCAUCCACCGCACAGCACCGACCCCCCUAUCUUUCAUCCCCCCACCCUCCCCCAUGUCCACCCUCGCCCCCUCACUUCUUGUAACCUCCCCCUUCGCAACCAGCCACUCCGACCUCCCCAUCCAAAUCUACUUCCAGAAAAUCGUCUUCCCAGCCAACACGCUCGGCCCCGGCGGCGCCAAACUCGGCGACGGCGACGUCCCCGAAACCGAUGCGUUCCUACUCGGCCACGUACAUCCCGGCAGCGGCGAAAUCGUGCUGAGCAAAGCAAUCUUCUUGCCGGUGGGCGUGUGGAAGAAUGCUACUGCAAGGGUGCGAAAUGGGAAGUGUAAAGUGCUGGAGUCGUAUCCCAUGCCGGGGGGCGAUGUGGGGAGUUACCCAACGGGUGUAGCGCAUCGGGCGGCGUACGAGAAGGUGAAGGAGGCGUUUGGGUUUAUGAUUGCGGCGCCGGCGGAGCUUAGGGAGAGGGGGGUUACGAAGAGGUGGAGGGUAAGCAGGGGGCCGAUGACGGCGAGUGAGCGGGGUGCGGUGUGGGAGGGUUGGGGGGUCGAGGUUGGUAGGCAGGUCAAGAUGGGGAGGGAGGAGAGGGUAGGUGCGGUGGUGCUUGAUUCGCGUAUUGAUGGGGCAAAGACGCGUGAUUGGGAGGAGGAGAGGAGACAGAGGGAGAUGAAGGAGUGGUUCGUCGAGAGGGAUGAUGAGGAUGACGAGGAAGAGGUGGAGGAAGAUGUGAGGAUGGAAGAUUUUGUGACGUUUGGAGAUGAAGAGUGA